AUGGCGUUAUCACGCAGAAUUAGAGCCAUUAUAGAUUUGGCAACUGUGUUUGCAAUUGGACUCAACGUCUUUGUUUUCUUUUACCCCGACAUUUUAAACGAGCCCCAACAAUGCAAUUGGCAUGGUGCUCCUGACUUGAGACCAAAAUAUGACGUACUUGAACGUGUACCUUCACAAUACCUCCAACCUUUACUACGUUCUGUCCCCGGAUUGUACAAAGAAGAAGAGAAAGAGGGCAGUAGCCCACUCACUAGUCAAGACCAAGAUGAGAUCCAUAUGUUGCUAUUUGGCGAUCCACAAAUCAAUGGCAAUUGGAAGCUGACCAAGUAUAUCAAAAGACUUGAUAAUUACGGCAAUGACUAUUACCUUGGUCACAUAUACAAUACCAUGUUUAAUCGAUUACACCCGUCGCAUGUUGUAGUUAUGGGCGAUUUGUUUUCAAGCCAAUGGAUCUUGGAUUCGGAAUUUUAUAACAGGACGUAUCGAUUUGUUGAACGAUUGUUUCCUAGAGAUCAAGAGUAUAAACAACAUGUUCUUGAUGUUUAUAACAAGCAUGAGGAUUAUGACUGGCGCAAGUGGCUUGAGGAUGAAAAGAAGAUGGAUUCUUUACAUCGAUUCAAGUCGAGGGUUUAUGACAAUGUAUAUGAUUGGAUUCAUCAGGAUAGAACGAUACCAAACUAUGAAAAUCCACUAUUUAUUAACUUGACUGGGAAUCAUGAUAUUGGAUAUAGUGGAGAUGCUACAUGGCAACAUAUGGCUAGGUUUCAUUAUCUAUUUGGUCAAAACAACUAUGUUAUCAAUUACAAUAAAGGAACCGAAAAGGAGUGGAGAAUCGUUGUUGUCGACUCCUUAACACUUGAAGGCCCAGCACUACAACCAGAAUUCAUCAACUACACCUGGUCCUUUUUGGAACACUUGCGAGACAUCGAGAACCCCACAUUUAGUGGGUCAACAAUAUUGUUGACACAUAUACCAAUGUAUAAACGAGAAGGAUUGUGCAGAGAUGGGCCUGAACAUCUGUACUAUGAUGAAACUUACGAACGCGAACCAUACAAGCGUGGAUUAUUGCGGUCGCAGAACCAUUUAUCGUUUGAAACAACGCAAAAAUUGCUCAACAUUGUAUUCCCCAAUCCAACUCAAAGUGGAAUCAUUCUCACGGGACAUGAUCACGAAGGUUGUGAUGAUUGGUAUAAUUUGGAAGACAAUGAUGUUUGGGUCGCUUCAAAGAGCAAAAUGACAACCAACCGCGAACCAAUACGAGAAAUUGUUGUUAGAUCCAUGAUGGGCGAUUUUGAUGGACAAACUGGUAUUUUAACGGGCCAAUUUAGCGAUAAGCGUUGGGAUUUCAACUUUACCUAUUGUUCAUUUACUGUGCAACAUUGGUGGUGGGCCAGUAAAGUGGCUAUUUUGAUUGCAAUUUUGUUAAAGUCAAUAACAUUUCUAGUUUAA